GGAUGCGAAAACGUAUGUUCGCGGUUAGCGUUUUACCUCUACUAAAAAAAAUUUAACCACACUUCCAAAAGGAUGAUUCGUAAUACGAUUGGAUCUUAGACCAUUCAUCCUUUAAGCGAAAUUGCCGUAUUCGUGGCCUAACGAACGAUGCCUACCAUCGCCGGAUCGGAGAAAUCGAAGAGCAUCGAGACUCCUCGGAAGAGAAAGCUGAGAUCGGAGGAAGCCAAUCACUUGUCCAAGGACACAACCCCUACGCCGAAGAAACUGAAAUCUCGUCGACGAAUUGCUGUUUCAAAUCUCAGAACGCCAGAAAAGGAAGUUAAGAAAGACUCUAAUGAAAACUUGGCAGUGGAUAACUUAUCCGAUUGUUUAGACUCUGAAUCUAACUGGAACCCUCGAGAUGAGGAGCAAAUGAGAGCUGUGAAAGAGGCAUUGCAUGUAUCUAAAACACCGUCGACAAUUGUUUGCCGUGAAGAUGAACAGAGACGCAUUUUCUAGUUUGUGAAAGGCUGCUUAGAUCAGCAGAAGGCUGGGAGUUUGUACAUUUGCGGCUGUCCUGGGACUGGGAAGUCACUGUCCGUGGAGAAAGUUGUACAACAAGUUGGUGAUUGGUCGAAGCAGGCCGGUUUGCCACCUGUGGACACAUUGUCUGUGAACUGCACUUCACUGACAAAGGCAACAGAUAUAUUCAGCAAGAUAGUUGAAAUAGUAGAGCCCGUGAAGAAAGAUGAUUGCUACUCUUCACCUCUACAACAUCUUCAGAGUUUGUUUUCUCAAAAGCAACAGUCCAGCUCAAGAAUGAUGUUAAUAAUUGCAGAUGAGAUGGAUUUCUUGAUCACAAAAGACCGAGGAGUACUUCAUGAUCUUUUUAUGCUUACAACUUUGCCAUUUUCAACGUGUAUACUUAUAGGUGUAGCUAAUGCAAUAGACCUUGCAGAUCGUUUCCUUCCGAAAUUGAAGUCACUUAAUUGCAAACCUGUGGUUGUAACUUUCCGUGCUUAUUCUAAAGAUCAAAUCCUUAUGAUACUACAAGAGAGGCUAAUGGUUCUUCCAUAUAUUGUUGCAUUCCAAUCAAAAGCCUUGGAGCUCUGUGCAAGGUUGGUUGCGGCUGCGUCAGGUGACAUGAGAAAGGCUUUAUCUGUCUGCAGGAGCGCUCUUGAAAUUUUAGAAACAGAAAUAAGAGGAUCACCUAGCCCAGAAUCACAAGGUCCAACUCCAGAUGAUCCAGUGGUGAGGAUAUAUCAUAUGGCUACUGCAUUAUCUAAGACGUUUAAGUCUCCUGUAGUUGACACUAUUCAGUCUCUUCCUCAACACCAACAAAUCAUAAUAUGUUCUGCUGCAAAGGCUUUUCGAGGGGCCAAAAAGGAUGCAACCGUUGGAGAGCUUAAUAAAUUAUACCUGGAAAUCUGUAAAUCUUGGGUCAUUUCUCCAGCCGGAAUUACAGAGUUCACUAACAUGUGUACGGUGCUAAAUGAUCAGGGGAUUUUAAAAUUCGGUCAAGCUCGUAGAGAUAAUGUAAAGAGAGUAAGCCUGAGAGUAGACGAAUCAGACAUUACAUUUGCUCUUCAGGGAAUACGAACUUUUAGGAACUGUCUUCUGUGAGAAGAACGUCAUCCCUACAAAGAUGAACAAUCUUGUGCACACAAUAGCUGACUAAGUUGUGAAACAAGGAUACAAUACUUUUACUUUUAUUAGAGUAUUCCAAUGUAUUUGCUUACACUUGCAAAUUGUACAGCCAUGGAUAGGAGUGUAUUAGGUCAAUCGUGUUGCUAUAUUAUUUGUCUGUGGCAUGGAGCCAGAGAACGAUUAACUAAAGCAGGUACAAAUAUUAGUCAAGUACUUAACUUGUACCAAUUAUAUGCCCAUUUUAUUAAGUUGUUAUGGUUAGUGAACUAAUGUCUCAGUAGCCUACUUUAAGCAGUUUGUAGGGUCUCUUAAUAAAUUUUACUCAAUUGUUAUCGUCUCGGUGUGGGAACAAUGAGGAAAAUCCAAAAUGAGCUGUUGAGUUGCAGUGGGUCUAGUAGGAUUUCCACAGUGAAAGUGGUUAGCUCUUUCCCUCAAGAGGUGGGGACGUGUCUCUUUUCGUUUUGUCUCCUAGUAUAAUU